AUGUUCAAUAAAACUGCCUGCGACGCUCACCUGAAACUGGACCAUACGCCAGGUUCAACUUACUUGGUGGCUAUUUGCAACAAUGAGGAGGGUGCUGGAGUUGAGGACGAUAUUCUUCUUGAUAAGCACCUUGGGAACAAAGAUGGACACUUCGAUUGGAAUAGCUCAGGCUUCAGCACGGGCGCACGAAACAUAAGCCUCUCUACUGAAGGUCCAGAGCAUAUCCCUAUCCUCCAUUCCGAGCUCAGAGACUCGUCUGGAAAAUUCAUCCCGAAUGAUCUCAAUUUGGCUACACAUAUUGCAAAUGUUGAUGGCAAGCUCGUAUUCAGGGCUGAAGAGAUGUCAUGA